AUGUCUACAACUAAACAUGUGAAAACAGUGAUUUUGGAUGCUGGUCCAUUGAUCACACAACCGGCGACUACUUUGCAACAAUACGCACAAGAGUUCUAUACCACACCUGGUGUCCACUCCGAAUUAAAAGAUGAAUAUGCACGUCAACAAUUGGUGCUUUGGGGAGAUCAAUUAAAGAUUAAACAACCUUCACAGAGUAAUAUUGACAAGGUGAUCAAGUUUUCUAAACUCACUGGUGACUACGGUGUCUUGUCAGUUAAUGACUUGCACAUUAUUGCAUUGGCCUAUGAAUUGGAGAUACAAAGUGGAGGAAAGUUGAGAAGUUUCCCCGGUGAAGUCUUAGAGGGCCAAGAAAAAGAUGCACAGGAGAAACUAAUGGAGAAAAGUACUGGAGUAGAUGAUGGAUUUGUCUCAGUAAAGAAAGGUCGUAAAAGAGGUGGAAGAAGACAAAGAGAAAAGAGAGAAGCGGAAGCAAGGAAAUUGCAAGGUGAAGGUGAGGAAAUGGUUACUGCGCCAGAAUCAAAUGCCACAAAAGCUGACCAAGAUACUGCAGCUACUUCAAAGGAAGAUAAAGACGAAUCAGGGAAUCUUCUUCUAGAAACUUCCGAAUCUGAAACUCAAAAAGAUACUAACAACUAUGAGGCUUUUCAAGAGAUAAACGAAGAAUACAAUGACUCAGAUGAUGAUGGUGACUGGAUAACUCCAGACAAUUUACGAGAUGAGUUCAUUAAAGACCAAAAUGAACAAAUUCAGGACACACCAAUUGAAAACAAAUUAAUCAAUGUUGCCUUAGCUACAGGUGAUUUUGCGUGUCAAAAUGUAUCCAUACAACUAGGAAUCAACUUAUUGAAUACCAUGUCAGGUAAACAAAUCAAAAGAGUACGUAAUUAUAUGUACCGAUGCCAUGCAUGCUUCAGACUUACACCAAUUAAUAAAGACGGCAAACCAAAACAUUUCUGUCCAAAAUGUGGUGGCGAUACUUUGUUAAGAUGUGCUGUAUCAGUCGAUAACAAGACAGGUAAAAUCACCCCUCACUUGAAGGCUAACUUUCAAUGGAUCAAACGUGGUGAGCGUUAUUCACUUCCAUCUCCAUUGAGUAAGAACCAACAACGAUUACAAGGUAAAGGUGGUUAUCAACACAAUAAAGAAAACCGACACAAAUCUCAACAAAACCCAUUAAUAUUAAGAGAAGAUCAAAAGGAGUAUCAACAAGCAUUGAAAAAUGAUGAGUGGGAAAGAAGACAGAAUGAGAAAAUGUUACAGGAUUGGAUCGGUGGAGGAAGUGCAGACAACUAUGUCAGCCCUUUUGGUACCGUAAAUACCAUUAGACCCAGUGGUGUGCGUGUUGGAAAAGGUAGAUAUGUGAAUUCAUCUAAGGGAAAGAGUAAAUAG